AUGGUCGUGGACUGUCUUAUUGAAUUGUGUCAGCCCAAGCCCUCUUCCGACAGCCAAACCCCCUCCGGCUCUAAUGUUCCGGUCAAUCCCAUUUUUCAGGUAAUAUGAUUAAUAUUUAUUCAAUUUCUUGGCCUUUCUUAUGACAUUUUUUCUUAUUUUUUGUGUAAGAUUGUAAAGUAACUUUGACCUUUGACCAAAUUUUUUAAAAAAUUUAAAAUUUUGUGUCUCGACACGAAAAACCUGAAUAAUUAAAUUUAAUGCCAAACAAACUGAACUUUUACAAAAGUAUCUUUAUGUAUAAUAUAAUAUUUUUACAGUAUUAUAAACUCAUUUUACUAUCAAAAAUUAUAAAAUUCUAGUAUUGUAAACUCAUUUUACUAUUCUUGGUCUAUAAUAUUAUUUUUAUCAUUAGCCUUUAAGGAAGAUGACAAAGCAUACUUCACAUGCUGUAACUUAGUGCACGUUAUCGACUUGGCCAAAAGCUUGAUAUUUGCCAAGAUAUUCAUCUACAGUGUUUUGUUAGCCGGCUCUUUAAGCACCAAUAUCCAGCCGUUGAUUGAAUUCGGUGAGUUCUCUAUGGUAAUAUAAUGCUUAAGACGUUGUUUAAUAGUAUAAUUGGUUUAAAAAAGUGGCAAAACUUUAGAAUAUUGGCCUAAAAGUGUGUAGAAUCUUGAUUUCUUUAAAAAAUAUUACUUAUAACGAUGCUUUCUUUUAAAUUUUUCGAAUUUUUUGGUCUAAAACGUCAUAUUUGAUUAAAACUUUGCUUUACUACAGAUAUCUUCAUACAUGUUGAUCUCACAAAUGUUUACCUUGUUGUUAUUUAUCCUAAUUUGCAGGUUUUUUCCUAGCCUUCGGACUAGCCCUUCUGAGUUAUGCGGCUUUGUUCCUGGGGAUGCGCCGAAAGCGGUUCCAUUUGUUCAUACCGUACUUCUUUGUGAGUUUUGUGUUAAUUGUUAUUGGUAGGUCACUUUCCGUAUAUACUCAUGAACAUCUUCAGCUGUGGUUCAUCUGUUUGUCGACUUCCUGGAUAGCGCAAACACUCGAGAUACCAUGAGUUCGGAACGAGUUUCGUCCUUCAUAAUGCAGGUAGGUAAUGUUUGUUGUUAUUGGCAUUCAGGUCUUUUGUUGUUUGUGGCAUCAGAAAUUAUACUUUUGAUUUGCGGGGUGAUAAUGUGGAAAGUUAUAAAUUAUACUCUAACUUUUAACUACAAUUUCCAAUUCUAGUUACGUUUACUGCCAUUUGGAAUACUUUACACUCCUUUAAAGUCACGUUUCUCUGACUAAUGCCAUUUCUUUUGCUUUGUUUGUGGACUCAUGAACCUUUGAAGUUUGAAAGCAGCUUUGGUUUAAACUCUUCUUUGUCCCGAAAUCAUAAAUUUCAGAUUGGAUUAAUCGUGUUUGAAGUGUACUGCUUGCUGGUGGUGUGGCGAGUGUUCAUCUACGUGUGUGACGCUCGGUCAGUGGAGGAGGUGGAGGAGAAGCGACUGAUCAAGCAGAAAAUGUACGAUAAUUACGAAAUAGCCUUCUGA